CUUCUCCUCUAGUGUCAUUUGACGCGUCAAAUGAAAACAUUUAUUAGAGACUGCCCCAACAGUAAUUAUUCUCUAUAAUCCCUAUAUGUCAAAAACAGACCGAAAACUCAGCAUUUCGAGUACAGCAUUAUUUAGGCUUUUGGGGCUUCUUCGCAAUAUCAGGAAACAAAAGCCGCAUUUUUAAACCGCACUCACUCACUCAUCAUUUUCAGGAUGCGGCUAUUUGAACACAGCUAGCGCGCGAGGAAGGAGAGCCUCAUCAUCAGUACAGAGAAGAGGGGGAUCUAGAGUCGCGUCAUCAUUUCCGGGCUACCGAUCGCCGGUAGAGUGGAUCGGGACGCAGGAGCGCGGGGUACGGGGAGCGGAGCGGUGUCCGUGUCCGUGUCCAUACCGAGACUGCUGGACGAUAGCAUGGCUGCCGGGAAGGCAACGAGCAAACCGUCUUUCUGGCAGAACGAACGGCUCCGGUUCAUCGUCUGUUUCUGCGGGGUGUUCGUGUGCUACUUUUAUUAUGGAAUACUGCAGGAGACAAUCACGCGAGGGGACUACAGUCACGCGGGGAAGAAGGAGAAGUUUCGUUACGCCACCACCCUAGUCUUCAUCCAAUGCAUCAUCAAUGCUGCUUUCGCCAGGCUCUUAAUUCAGUUUUUUGAGAGCUCAAAGCAGGACCACACAAGAAGCUGGCUCUACGGUGUGUGUUCUCUGUCUUACCUGGGCGCCAUGGUGUCCAGUAACUCCGCCCUGCAGUAUGUCAACUACCCCACACAGGUGUUGGGAAAAUCCUGUAAACCAAUUCCAGUGAUGAUUCUGGGUGUCACGAUCCUGAGGAAGAAAUAUCCCAUGGCAAAGUAUCUGUGUGUGUUUCUAAUCGUCACUGGGGUCGCCCUCUUCCUCUACAAACCCAACAAAGGCUCCAGCGCAUCAGAUGAACACACGUUUGGCUUUGGAGAGAUGCUGCUGCUGCUCUCUUUGACUCUGGAUGGGAUGACAGGUGUAGCUCAGGACCACAUGAGGGCGCGGCACCAGACAGGAGCCAAUCACAUGAUGCUGAACGUCAACCUGUGGUCCACACUGAUCCUUGGAGUAGCUGUGCUGUGGUCAGGGGAGGUAUGGGAGUUUUUGACAUUUACUGACCGCUAUCCUGGCAUCAUCUAUAAUAUCCUCCUGUUUGGUAUCACUAGCGCUCUUGGACAGACCUUCAUCUUUAUGACUGUGGUAUAUUUUGGACCGCUCACCUGUUCCAUCAUUACAACAACACGGAAGUUUUUCACCAUCCUGGGAUCCGUGCUGCUCUUUGGGAACGUCAUCAGCACUAUGCAGUGGUUUGGCACCAUUCUCGUCUUCCUUGGCCUUGGACUGGAUGCCAAAUUUGGAAAGUCUCCUAAAAAGACGACACACUAAAGACUGGAACCCUGUGUGUGUGUGUGUGUGUGUGUGUGUGUGUGUGUGUGUGCGCGCAUGCGUACAUGUAUGCCUGCAUUUGAACCCUUGAGACAAACAUAGACAUUUAUUCUCUAAACACUUUACCACACUAAUUCCAUCACUGGUGUACUUCAGAGAUGAUGUUUUUAUUACUCGAAAUAUUGUUAUAAUGCUGAUGUUCUGAACAUUUAAUUAUGGGAUAUAUUUGCCCAUCAUCUCUCAAAAUGGUAUCCAUGGUAACAGAAGGACAGUGCAAAUGUGUGUCUGCGCCUAAUCAUAAUCUGUCAUGCUCAUAAGGCGAAAUCAAAAAGAGAAUUGUUGGAUAAAGGUAAAGAUCCUAUUUAAAACUGUAGUCUAAAAAAAUGCACACGCUAAUUGUACUUCCUGGAAGACUACCUCCAGCGAGGCAACCACCGAUUUUUUUUUUUUUUUAGCUACCCCGAAUUGUACUUUUGACAUAUUUAUAGAUACACGUCCAAGUCAUUUGAGAAAUGUGGAUUCAGACAGGUGGAUUUUGCCUUAAUUUUAGUCUUAAUUUAGGCAACGUCUGAUUAUUGUCAUUGCAUUCCCCAGGAAGUGUGUGUGUGUGUGUAGUGUUUACUUUGUGUAUGUAAUGCACAAACACCUGUAUAGAUGAAUUAUUUGUCAAAACAUGGCGUUUUCAUACCAGAUGUCAUAUUUUUAUUCAUGUGUCUCAUGUCUUGUUUGAAGUCAGCAAAGCAAAUGUUUAGAAAGUUUUUUUUACAAAAAAAAAAAAAUCAUCUGCAUUAUACUGUGUCCAUAUUUUAGAAUAAAAAUGUAAUUUUUUAGAUUCA